AUGCAGCCAAUAAAUUAUGAUUAAGUUCUCUUAACAUUUUAAUGCUCUCGUAAGCAUUUGAUUAUUGAUUCUAAAUACCAUGUAUACCUGCUUCCUAAUACUUUGAUUCUUUCAAGCGUAAUUAUUUACAAUUUCUUAGAAUCCCAAAUAACAAAACCCAAAAUAUAUUGUAUAAUUAAGCUUAACAUUCAAAAUUCAUUGGAUAACAAAACCAAAAACACCUAUACUUGAAUAAUUCGGAUUCCAAUACAAAGAUGAAAUAAAAUAUUUCUUUGCCUCAACAAAGGAUUUGUAACAACUCAAGGAUUUAAUGUAGGGUUAAAUUAUGUUCAAGGAUAUAAGUGAUUUCUAUUCUCCUAUUUGUAUGUUAGGUAAAGGUGGUUCUUCAAAAGUAUUAUUAACACUUUUACUUAGGUCUAUUUGGUAAAUAAAAAAGAUGAUCAAUCUCAAUAUGCAUCCAAAUGCGUUGACAAAAGAUAUUUGCAAGAAGAUGGAGGAUAUGUAAUUUUUUUUAAAAAUAUUAGAAUGCUUUGUUUAAUGAAAUUCAAUUAAUGCAAAAACUUAAACACGAAAACAUCAUUCACUUAGUAGAUCUUUAUGAAGGAGAAAACACAUUUUAUCUUAUUCUAGAAUAUUUAGAAGGAAAAAGUUUACAUGAAUUACUGAUUUAAAGAUAAUCAAUUUUUGAAUAAGAACAAAUUUAAAUGAUAAUUAAAGUAAUUAGUAUUACAAAUAUUAAAGUUAAUUUUAUAAGCUAUUGAUUAUAUGCAUUCUCAAGGUAUCAUGCAUAGAGAUUUAAAACCAGAAAACAUAAUGUUUAAACAAAUUAAUCAAAUUUAAUCUCUUAAAAUUGUUGAUUUUGGUUUAGCCACAUAUCAAAAUAUUGAAAUCUUUCCAUUCCCUAAAUGUGGAACACCUGGCUAUGUAGCACCAGAAAUUGCUAACUUAAAAGAUCUUACUUAAAUAUAUACUUCACUUUGUGAUGAAUUUAGUGUAGGUUGUAUUUUUUAUAAAUUGUAUGAUAUUUAUUUAUUUUAAGGUGUACUGGAAAAGAACUAUUUCCUGGAAGUGAUUAUCAAGAAGUCUUGAGAUUAAAUAAAAAAUGUAACAUAGUAUUAGAUUCACUAUCUAUUUACAAAACUCCACCUGAAGCUAUUGAUUUAAUAUCUUAAUUACUUAAAGUAAAUCCAAAGGAAAGAAUUACUGCAGAAAAUGCACUUUUACAUCCUUACUUUUAAAAGAAAUUUGAAAAUAAAAAGACCAAAUUCCAAUAAUCUAAUGUUACAAAAUAGAAUCCGAUAUCUCAAACUUAAAAUUUCAAUCCUAAAGUUGUCAAUCUUAUUCUAUAAAAAUUUGAGGAGGAAAUUGUAGAAGAUGAAAAUACAAAAUAAUUAAGCAUACCUGUUAUGUAAAAUAUGAAGUCUUUUGGAUAAAUUUAAUAUAAUGCUUAUUCCCCCUAAAAUCCUCAACCUAAAAGAAAUAUGAAAAAAUAUCAAACUUCAGAAUUUGACUAAUAUACUCAAACAAUAUCCCCCUAAUUAAACAAUUUUAAACCAUCUUUAAUCAUGAAUUGUGAAACUUAUGCUAAUUCGCCAAACCCAGAUAAUACAGCUUAAACAACUAGAAAUAACUUAGCUAACAAAGGUUAACCUUCUGAGGCUAUCAAUUUUAUGUACAAAAUUGAUGAGGAGCAAGAAGAAGAAAAAGGAAUAUAGAAAUGA